AUGGAUCCCUGCGGUUCGGCCACACGGCAGUCCUCUGAGACCGGUCAGCCGCUGUGGCAGGCAGUGCUGUUCCUCUUCUGUAAGGGCAUGAUCGAGGGGGUCCUGGUUCUGCUUUUCAUCGGCUUACUGGUACAGGUGCUUAUCACCAAACACCUGGAAGUUCAUCUGCAGAUACUGCUGGCUGUAGGACUUGCUAUUUUCUGCUUCUGUCUUGUGCUGGGCUGCAUUAUAUGCUGGAGACGUCAAAAGUUUGACCCUUUUCGAGACAAAGAACUCGGGCUGUCCCCUUCCUCUGUCCCCGUGGAUCAUGUGACCAUGGCCCUGAGCCCCUCCCCCUCCAUUGACACUCUGUCCAUCAAACAACAGUAUGAGGAGCUGGAAGGGGAUGUGCUCGACUACCCGUCGCUCAACAGUAGCUCCACCCCCUCGGAGGACGACCUCACUGCCCUGCCCCUUCCACCCCACCCGUGUCCCCUGUCGGAGCUGAACGAGCCCCGUAGAUCCUGCUUUCCCCUGCGAAGGCUCAGCUCCCCUGCCUUGCCCUCCAUGUCCUCCAAGCCGGUGGUCCACGGCCGCACCUCCAUGCCCUCCAUCCCAAAACUGGGCCUGGUGGCGAAAACCCGGCGGGCUCUGGAUCGGCGCCGCUCGGUCUCGGGUGAGUCCUCCGUCUCCUCUGAAAGGAGCAGGCUGACCCUGCAUUCAUCUCCCAGCCUGCAGGGGGCGCCCUCCUCGCCCCAUUACGGAUCCAGCUCCAGCUCCAGCUCCAGCUCUAGACGUAGCUCUGUAUCCGGCAAGCCGGCGUCUUCCCUUCAGUUCACCCUGCUCUUCUCUCCGUCCGCGGGCAGGUUGACCGUCACGGUUUUGGGCGUCUUUCGGAAAACCCCCAGGCGAGGCGGGGUUACGGUACACGUCAGCCUGCCCCCCGUCUGCCCCGCGUUAGUGCAGGGCCGUAGACGCAGCCUCAACCCAGAGCAGCAAACCCAGAGCUUCAGCAUGCAGGUGGGCACCGUGGAGCAGCUCCGCACCUGCACGCUCAGACUGGCCGUGUUCGGCCGAGAUUUCUCCGGCCUCAGGGAGACCGCCGUGGGAGAUCUGGAACUGUCCUGUGCCGAGGUGGACUGGGAACCUGACAAGAACAUCGCUUUCGACCGAGAGCUGAAUCCGGUCCAGAGAAAGCUGAAAAAGAGCCUGAGUUCUCAGGAGGCCCUGGGGGGAUGUGGAGAUGUGGUCCCUGCCCCCCGGGCGCUGGGUCAGAUCUUUAUUCUACUGCAGUAUCAAACACUCGCCCAUCGCAUAAAGGUGAUGGUGCGUAAGGCGGAGGGCCUGGCCAAGCUGACGAGAAUGCCCGGAGCCCCAGAUCACUCUGUAGUAAUCAACCUGUGUCAUGAGGGAAAAAUGAUCAGCACCAAAGAGACCCGGGGGGCAGCGGGAUCCAACGCCGUGUGGAACACGCCCUUCCUGUUCGACCUGCCACGCGGGGACAUCACCCAGCUACCGCUUGUGCUGGAGUUCAUUAUCAUGCAGGGGCAUCUGUACACUAAGAGCAGCACCCUGGGCCGCGUCCUGAUUGGUCACGAGGGUCCAGAGACUGGCCAAUCACACUGGAGGGAGAUGUGCAGUCGAGGACAGGUGGAGAUAGCACGCUGGCACGCUGUUCGAGGGGACACUCUGUAA